UCAGUAUCCAGCCUACGAGAGCUGAGGACGUCGCAUAUAGCAACCCUUCCAACUGCGUCCCAGGAUGAAACAUGCUGCAUAUGCUUGAAUCUAUACGGUCCUUCCCACGAAGCCGUCACUGUGCUCAUAACAGGCUGCUACCAUCGCUUUGGCCGCAAAUGUCUUGGAGACUACCUCGACAGCGAAAGCCCACGUAACAACAGUUGUCCCCAAUGUCGACGAGAAUGGUACAAACGACCACCUGCCUGGACGGCGCCACGAGAAGUCAAUCUCACGGAGAGUUUGCUAGCUUUGACCUUCCCACAAGAGCCGGCGCUAGUCGAAUCACGAGCAAGAGCUCAUCGAACGCGAAAUAUCUUGGAGCAGGAACGGGCUUCGAACAACGGUGUCAUCACCAGUCAUUUAGAUGAGAUCUUCCGAAGACUGGAUCUGAUUCAGAACAUCAGUAGCGAGCAGCACACUUCCACGGCAGAUACGCGCGUGCGGCUUCAAGCAAUUGAGCGCCGCGCCCGGAGACUUCACCGAGAGCUUCAGUAUGCACAUGAAGGCAGU